UUGCAGCUGGAAUGGAAGACAGUGACCCGUACGUGCAGCACCAAGCCUAUUCUCACAGUGAACGGAGAGUAUCCGGGGCCCACCAUCGCUGUCAAUGAGGGUGAUGAGGUUGAGAUCAAGGUCACUAACAAUGUUACCUACAACACUACCGUCCACUGGCAUGGAAUAAAGCAAGUGAGGACAGGGUGGGCUGAUGGGCCAGCUUACAUAACCCAGUGCCCCAUACAAACAAACCAAUCUUACACGUACAAAUUCACGGUCAUUAAUCAAAGGGGUACUCUAUGGUGGCAUGCCCAUCUCUCCUGGCAGAGGGCAACUGUCCAUGGAGCUUUCAUCAUCUACCCUCGAUUACCUUAUCCAUUUGCUAUUCCAAUUGAAGCUGAGGUUCCCAUAAUUCUCGGUGAAUGGUGGAAUGAAGAUGUGAUAGCAGUAGAAGCAGAGACGGUAAUGUACGGAGGGGGCCCAGAUGUAUCAAAUGCUUUCACUAUCAACGGAUUGCCAGGACCUUUGUACCCAUGUUCUGUUCAAGAUACAUUCAUUCAGACUGUAGAAUACGGCAAAACGUACAUGUUGCGAAUCAUCAACGCCGCUCUCAAUGCCGAGCUCUUCUUCGCCAUUGCCAACCACACAUUGACUGUCGUAGAGAUUGAUGGGGCAUAUGUGAAACAGUUAGCGACACCAGCCGUCAUGAUUGCUCCUGGACAGACCACCACCGUCCUGCUUACAGCCAACAUCGUAUCUGGUGCUGGAGACUUCACUAUCGCAGCCAGGCCGUAUGUCACUGCCAUCGUCCCCUUCGACAACACCACCACCGUUGGCUUCCUACAUUAUGGAAAGACCUUGAAAACGGCAACACCCAACGAUCCCCAAAACAUCUCUCUUGAUUUCCUUCCACCCAUGCGAGACACUGCCUUCAACACCGACUUCUCCAACAAACUCCGGAGCCUUGCUUCUUUCAGCUUCCCAUGCAAUGUCCCCCAGACAGUCGACAAGCACCUGUUCCUCUCUGUAAGCCUCAACCUCCAAAACUGUCCCCCAAAUAAGAUAUGCAAAGGCUUCUAUGGCAAACGACUUUCGGCCUCCCUUAACAACCAAUCCUUCAUUCGCCCACCUGUUUCCAUCUUGGAGUCCUGUUAUGGCAACCUCACUAAUGGCGGUCUCCUGUCAGAUUUCCCCGAAAACCCAACUCACCCUUUCAAUUACACUGCCCCAACUCCGCUCGACGCCAACAUGAACUCUGAAUUUGGAACUAAGAUGAUCGUUGUCCCUUACGGCACCAACUUGGAGUUUGUUCUUCAAGACACCAGCUUUAUCAAUGUGGAGAAUCACCCCAUCCACAUCCACGGCCAUAACUUCUUCAUUGUUGGCAGCGGAUUCGGAAACUUCAACAGUGAGCAGGACCCAGCGGGUUACAAUCUGGUGGACCCGCCUGAGAGGAAUACUGUGGCAGUCCCAAGUGCUGGAUGGGUGGCAAUCAGAUUCCAAACGACUAAUCCUGGCGUUUGGUUCUUGCACUGCCAUCUUGAGGUGCACACGACAUGGGGAUUAGCCACGGCGUAUGUCGUCAGUAAUGGGCCUGAGCCUUCUCAGUCCAUCCUUCCCCCUCCCAAAGAUCUUCCCCAAUGCUGAUUCUUUCAUUACUGUUCAUCCAAUCGCUCAUUCACAAGUAAUUAUGUGAUUCCAAUAAGUUGUGAUUAUCCACGCCCCACUUCAUUGCCUACUUGGGGCGAGGAACAAUUAAAAAAAUAAAA